GCGGUUUUUUUCCUCAGCAGCUGCAGAGACCGUGGUCAUUAGUUAACUAAUUCCACCAAGGAAACCCUGCUGUGUGUCAGAAACUGCAAGGAGGUGCUAGUCCAGUGCGGCAGGCGAACUGGAAGACCGGGAAAGUCCAGGACCCUAGCGGUGUGGUGAGUGCUGUAUUGGAAGGGAGCACGGGCUAUGUAUUUGGUAGAGGACUGGAUGUCUCAGGCCAGAGGACUUCCUGGAAGAAGCGACCCAUGAUCUGGAGUGGUCUGAUGAAGACUGGCAAAAGGGUAUCAUAGCCACAGGAACAGCCUUGUGAGUGGGAGCAGACCUUGGUCAACGUCAUGCUCUAUGGCACUCUAGUGGAAGCAAAGUAAUGGGGAAGGGACACUUAGGGCAUAGAUGCCCAUGGACCCUGUCCACAAGAGCCUGGAGUGAGAGGACAGUCCUGGUGCUGUGCCCUUCACGUGGAAGGUACCCAGUGAACCCUUGCAGUGUGAGCCUGGGUGGAGACACUUCUUGCCUCAGGUAUUGCUGGGCAGCACAGAUACUUCUGUGACCAUGAAACUCUGGAUGUCCACGUUGCUGAUGGCGUGGUUUGGUGUCCUGAGCUAUGUGCAGGCUGAAUUCUUCACCUCUAUUGGGCACAUGACUGACCUGAUUUAUGCUGAGAAAGACCUGGUUCAAUCUCUGAAGGAGUACAUUCUUAUGGAGGAAGCCAAGCUUUCCAAGAUUAAGAGAUGGGCCAACAAAAUGGAAGCACUGACCAGCAAGUCAGCUGCUGACCCUGAGGGCUACCUGGCCCACCCUGUGAAUGCCUACAAACUGGUGAAACGGCUGAAUACAGACUGGCCUGCGCUGGAGGACCUUGUCCUGCAGGACUCGGCUGCAGGUUUUAUCGCCAACUUCUCAGUGCAGCGGCAGUUCUUCCCAACUGAUGAGGACGAGAUGGGAGCUGCCAAAGCUCUGAUGAGACUUCAGGACACUUACAGACUGGACCCAGGCACAAUUUCCAGAGGGGAACUUCCAGGAACCAAGUACCAGGCAAUGCUGAGUGUGGAUGACUGCUUUGGAAUGGGACGGUCGGCUUACAAUGAAGGAGACUAUUAUCAUACAGUGCUGUGGAUGGAGCAGGUGUUAAAGCAGCUUGAUGCCGGGGAGGAAGGUAUCACAACCAAGUCCCAGGUGCUAGACUACCUCAGCUAUGCCGUCUUCCAGUUGGGUGACUUGCACCGUGCCCUGGAGCUCACUCGCCGCCUCCUCACUCUUGACCCGAGCCAUGAACGAGCUGGAGGGAAUCUGCGGUACUUUGAGCGGUUGUUGGAGGAAGAAAGAGAAAAAAUGUUAUCUAAUCAGACAGAAGCUGAGCUAGCAACCCAGGAAGGCAUCUAUGAGAGGCCUGUGGACUACCUGCCUGAGAGGGAUGUGUACGAGAGCCUCUGUCGUGGGGAGGGUGUCAAACUGACACCCCGGAGGCAGAAGAGACUUUUCUGUAGGUACCACCAUGGCAACAGGGCUCCACAGCUGCUCAUUGCCCCCUUCAAAGAGGAGGACGAGUGGGACAGCCCGCACAUCGUCAGGUACUACGAUGUCAUGUCUGAUGAGGAGAUCGAGAGGAUCAAGGAGAUCGCAAAACCCAAACUUGCACGAGCCACUGUUCGUGAUCCCAAGACAGGCGUACUCACAGUUGCUAGCUACAGGGUUUCCAAAAGCUCCUGGCUGGAGGAAGAUGAUGACCCUGUUGUAGCCCGAGUAAAUCGUCGGAUGCAGCACAUCACAGGAUUAACAGUAAAGACUGCAGAAUUGUUGCAGGUUGCAAACUAUGGAAUGGGAGGACAAUAUGAACCGCACUUUGACUUCUCUAGGAACGAUGAGCGAGAUGUUUUCAAGCAUUUAGGGACGGGGAAUCGUGUGGCUACAUUCUUAAACUACAUGAGUGAUGUAGAAGCUGGUGGUGCUACCGUCUUCCCUGAUCUGGGGGCUGCAAUUUGGCCUAAGAAGGGUACAGCUGUAUUCUGGUAUAAUCUCCUGCGGAGCGGGGAAGGUGACUACCGAACGAGACAUGCUGCCUGCCCUGUGCUUGUGGGCUGCAAGUGGGUCUCCAAUAAGUGGUUCCAUGAACGAGGACAGGAGUUCUUGAGGCCUUGUGGAUCAACAGAAGUUGACUGACGUCCUUUUCUGUCCUUCCCCUUCCUGGUGCUACAGCCCAUGUCAUCUUCAAGUUCAACGUGACAGAUACCUUUGUAUAAGUUCCAGUUUCUAUCAGGCAGGUCUUUGGAGAAGUGAAUAUUUUUCUGGAGUGGAGGGAGACUGUACUGGGUCAGGUCCUGUGUGUCCCGGGUCCCAGCCUCUUUGGUGAGCCUGCGCCAGCUCUGGCCCAAGACUAGGGUCAGAGUUGCUGCAGCAGAGUUAGGCUGUCUAGCGGCUAGCAAGAUGCCUUUGUACCUCAGAUAUUUUAGGUGUGAGAUGUUUCAGUGAACCAAAGUUCAGAUACCUUGUUUACAUGUUUGUUUUUAUGGCAUUUCUAUCAGUUGUGGCUUUAUCCAAAAAAUAAAAUAUCCCUGCCAGAAGCCUUAAA